GUUCAGCGGCGGAGGCGGCGGCGGCGGCAGCGGUUGUUUCUGCCUCUCCGCCACCUCCACCGCGGCCUAUCCGCCCGGCGGCGUUGGCGGGGAGGGGGACAGUAGUUGUAGACGCCCGCCCCUGCCUCAGAGAAGAUCCACAUUGAACGGAUGAAGAGAGAGCUUGUUACAGAUACUUUCUGUAAAAGGCAUCUAUACAGUAGUGCCACAGUUUGAAUAAUAAAGUAUUUCACUCUAAGAGGUGAAUAGGAGUGAAAUAUUGGACAAAAGUAGAUUUUAUGUCUGCAUCAUGGUUGUUAGCUCUCUGGUGUUGUACAGUUUCACUGUUUGCAGAAAGUUCAUGCUGAAAAACGAAAGCAAUUAAUGGAUGAAUAUGAUCAGAUUUCUCUACCAAGUUCUCAGCCUGCUAAGGAAAAUCCCUUUUUGUCAGGCUAAUGAAGCAUUCAAAGAAGACAUAUGACUCUUUUCAAGAUGAACUUGAAGAUUAUAUUAAAGUACAGAAAGCCAGAGGCUUAGAACCGAAGACUUGUUUCAGAAAGAUGAGAGAGGACUAUUUGGAAACCUGUAGGUACAAAGAAGAGAUGGAUUCCAGACCCAGGUACAGGAUGUUUGAUCAAAGACUCCCACCUGAAACCAUCCAGACCUACCCAGGAUCAUGCAGUAUUUCACAAAGCAUGGAAAACCGGUUACCUCAGUGGUUACCAGCUCACAACAGCAGGCUGAGAAUAGACUCUCUGAGCUACUGCCAGUACACCAGGGACUAUUUCUCACAAAAGCCAGUACCCCUGAACCUUAGUCAGCAAGAAUACAAUUAUGGCUCAUACAGUGUAGAGCCUGGAGGUUACAAGCACUUCUCCUCAGGAAACAGUACCAGAGCCCAUCAAGCCGGUCAUACACAGAUCCAUCAGAUGAGGACAAGGUGCCCCGAGGAAGGCGGAGAAAGACCAGAGGAGGGGCGGCCCAAGCAUAAGAGGAAAAGAAGUUGUGAGGAAAUGAAUGUAGACAAACAUAAGAGCAUCCCCCCAAAUAAGACAGAGAUAGAAACAGAAACUGUACAGGUCAGUCCAGCAAAAUGUAAGAACCGAAAGGAGAAAAAGAGCCGAAAUAUAGCCUCUAAGAAAGAGGAACGUAAGCGUAGAAAAGAGAAAAAGGAACAAGGCAAAGAAAAGACAGAGGAGGAAAUGCUUUGGGACCAGUCCAUCCUUGGAUUUUGAAGCUGUUCAGUUGGUCCUCCUGAGGUUAAGUUGAAAAAAAAAUAGCUGAGGGGCUUGGUUUUAUGACGUUCAUGUUUGAAUCACUUUUCUUAUGUGAACGGGUACUUUUAACUUCUAACAAAACCCAAGCGAACAGGAAGGAUUUAGUACACAUGCUUUCCAACAGAGAAAUGACUUUUCCUCGUUUUCUAAAAGCGUUUUCCAUUUUUCUUAACAUACAAUGUAACUUCCCUUUAUGAGAGUGGCUCUGCUGUUAUUCAUCCAAAUGCUAUGAUGGUGGAAUUAUUUUCCCUUGGGAGAUCAAUUUAUUUCAAGUUGGAGGAUUAAUAGGCUUUGCAGAAUCUAUUUCUUGAUUGGAUUUGUUUUGUUUUUGAGUUGGGUAUCUUUCUGUCCAUUGGUUUUCUCUAUAAAAGCAAUUUAGGUUAUUCUUCCUUUGUUAGAUCUACCUUGCAGCGUAUUUUCUAGGUUGGAAAGUGGAAAAUAAAAUGCAUUAUAAUAAUAGUAAGUUUAGGUUACAUAUAGUAUUAAAAGUUUCAAAGAGUCUUUCUACAAAAUCGGUUUAUAUUCUGGAAAGGUUUAUAAUAAAGACUUCUAAUUUCUGCA